CCUCUCAGCUCAUCAUCCGCAAACUUUUCUCACUCGUGCUAACAACUCCAACUAAUCGUUCAAGAUAAACACCUUCAACACCUCUCAAGUUCCCCUUAGCAACAAUGUCGGCCUCGAGUCACGAGGCAAUUCCCGUCGCCCCUGCGCCAUGGACUCUCAAAGGCACACUGUAUAUUUUCAUGGUGUACUUGACGUCGAAAGACGCAGCAACACUCUCGUCUGAUCCGAAUUUCAUCUAUUCGCCACUCGAAGCAACAUCAUCCUUCUCAAAGGGUGACUUGAAGGGGGGUCUGGGCAUGCUGCAGUUGAUUCGAUACACCGAGACACCUGUUGGUCCAUACGACGAGCUGGUUUUGGUUCCUGGAUACUUCCAGUAUGAAGUCGAGACGAAGGAUAGUAACGGGAAGGUGAAGCUCGAGCAGAGGAAGAAUUUAAGAUGUACCAAAGUGUUUGUCAGUCAGGAAAAGACGUGCUGGAAUGGACGCAGAAAUUGGAAUGUUCCAAAACAUCUGGCACGAUUUAAAUUCGUUGGCCUUCCAGAUGGUGGAACGAAGAUUACAGUCCAUCCCAUGGUCGCUGAUGCAUCUGGUGAAGAGAGAGUUCAAAGUCCUGCUCCUCUCAUCCAGACCACUUUCCUGCCCAUAUCUUACGUGCCUAGCUUUCCGUGUUCAACAGAUUGGGCGAAGUACAUUGGGAUGGAUCUAGGUCUCGUGCAACCGCCAUUGCCGGAAGGGAAAGGGCAAGAACUCGUGGGGACUCGGCAAUGGUGCAAGAUUGCAGCUGUCGAGUCGAGUAAAAAAACGUCUCUUGGGUGGUUUGAUUUGAGACAGAGCUGCCAUGACACUGGUGAGCAACAACCUCUGUUGGGGGAAGAUCGAGGGGAUGGAUCGGAACGACAGCAGAGCGACAAUUUCUGGCCAAGAUUGGGAAGGUGGAGAAUUGGAAUGAAGAUGGAAGAUGCAGUAAUUGAGUUCCCCGAGGGUGAGCAUUGGAACGAGCCCAAGUAGCGCAUCGAGGACGGUUGGAGACAAAAGAGCCAUACUAUUGAGCAGAAAAUUUGCCUUGCUACGGAGCCUUAAUUUCACGUUCUAAUGUUGUUGAUAGCUUGAAAGUAAGAUUGAGAGAAGUGUUGUGCAAGGAAGUGCUGAUAGUGGGAUUUGAAAAGUGGGAUGCGGCGCUCAAAUAGAAUCUCCCUCUAGCUAUGAAACUUGGCUUUAGAUCUCC